UCCGUAUGAGUUGUUUACCUACAUCUCAAAUUUAAUUUUAGUUUAUUAUUUACUAAUUUUAAUAGCCUUAGCUCAGGAAAGCGCCUCUAACUAGUACUAAGGUAUUAUUGUUAGACAGUUCAUAAUAAAGUAACUUAUUCGUAUUCCGUGUUAAAUGGCGUAUGCUUGGUCGCAGACACAAAAAUGGUGAAUGUUAUGAAAGGAGUGCUUGUAGAGUGUGACCCGGCUAUGAAACAGUUCCUUUUGCACUUAGACGAAACUCUUGCUCUGGGAAGAAAAUUCAUCCUUCAAGAUCUUGAUGAGACACAUUUGUUCAUUUCAUCUGACAUAGUUGAAACACUACAAGGCCGAGUUGAUGAUUUAAUGGACCAGCUUAGUAUUCCAGUUCACGAUAAAGGAUUGUAA